AAAACCUGUGUUAAGAGUCAUGCUACUAAUUUCUAGGUAGAUGUAGUGGAGGCACGAUUGGUUUCUGUCAGUCAUUUCAGCUAGCCUACGUACUAAAUUGUCCUACAGCUCUAGCCGGCGACUUUUCGCCCUAUAGAGAUGAGUCAUCUCACAAAUAUGAGGGAGAGCUGGAAAUUUAUAUAAGGCUUUAGAGAAUACUCAUUCCUAGAGUAACACAAGACACGCCUUGUAUGAAAUUCAAACCCGGCUGUUGUCAUCAUGGAUAUCUCGUGGGAACACGUGGAGACUACCCUCCCAUCUCUCCCACUUCCUCCCAUCUCUCAACGUCAACCGAUUACUACGGAGCGACUCGUGAUUCGACCUAUGCGAGAAGAUGAUCUCGAGGGAUACUUUGAGCUACGCCGUCAACCAGAAGCGAUGCUGGGCACCGCACUCGGCAAGCCUGAUAGUGACAUCGACGAAUCUCGACAAGCUAUGAAAGUCUUCUUGCCAGAAAAUGAGGAAAAGUCAUUCCUAUUCGGGGUUUUCCUCAAGUCUACAGGCGAACUCAUUGGCGAGGGUGGCGUGCAUAAUAUGAAACCUUCAUAUUGCAGCUGGCCAGAAAUUGGGUACAAGUUCAAGAAAGAGUUCUGGGGUCAGGCAUACGGGACUGAGUUCCUAAAGGCAUUUAUCAUCGCUUGGUGGAAGAUACCACGUAGCACCGCAGGCAGCCACCGGGUCUGUUCUCCGUCGGUUCAGAGGGCAGGGAAUGUAGCCGCGGAACAAUUAUUUGCUUUGGUGGUUGAGGAUAACAUUGGAAGUCGGAAGCUACUAGAGAAGCUCGGAUUUGUAGAAUUUUUAUCAUCGACGGAGCCGGAUACGCAGGUGCAUCGGUUAGGUCAACCAGUGACGUUGAUAGGAUAUCGUCUCUCUGCACCAGAGUCCAGUGGGAAAUGAGUGUUCCAGUCUCAUGGAAUUAUAUGAGAAGAUAAUAAGUACCUACAUUAGGUACCUAGGUACUUAUAGUGACGGAACGGAGCUCGGAGAUUACGGAUCGCGCCGGUGAAUGGACUCGGGUAUCGAGAUCAAGGAUGUAGUUUCCGUUUUCUCAAAUACGGUACGCUAGGCUAAAUUAAGUAAUUACCUUGAGGGAAGGAAGCUGUGAUACGGUCGCGCAAUGGUUGCAGGAUCUGACGUAGAGCCC